AUGAAGCCCUCUCUCUUUGUAUUAUCGCUCACGCUCGCCUCCGUCUCUGCCAUCCCCACCACCUCCUCCCAUAAUGACGACCUACUUGUUUCUCGCGCAGACCAUGGCCUUGUGGGCGAGCCCUUUGCACUCGACGACCGCGCUGUGCAGCGAGCCAUGACAUACGCCGAGGUGAAACUGGCCGUGGCCAAGGAGUUCAACACGGAGCCGGCCACCGGCAGCCUGAGCUUCAAGUGGGAUCUGAAGUCGGAGUGCACCCGGUGCAAGGGGAAGCAGGUCGAGGACGAGAAGGACAAGACCAAGUGCCGCACCUGCCCGGACAAGACCAAACCCAACCCCGACCACACGAAAUGUAUCCGUGACGACACGGGCUGCGCGGAGGACGAGGUGCCAAACGAGGACAAGAAGUGCAAGAAGUGCCCGGCAGGCCAGAAGGCCGACACGGCAGGCAAGACGUGCGUGGCGACCCGGCCGGAAAAGGAGAAGGGCAAGUGCCCCGACGGGCUGGUGCUCGACCCGGCGGAGGGCGGCCAGGACGCCAAAACCGAGAAGCCGCAAUGUAUCGCCGACGACGACAAGAGGUGUCCGGCCGGCCAGUCGGCUGCCACCCGCCGCGGCAAGGCCCCCAACGAAGCCGACUACACGCCGGACUGCGGGAUCGACGACGACCCGAACCACAUGUGCCCCGACCCGAAGACGUUCGACCACCGCGAGAUCCCGAUCAACAGCGACCGGAUCAAGCACAGCUGCCGGUCGACGCGGAAGACGCAGAACGAGAUGAAGGCCAAGUACGAGGCGCGGACGAAGACGGCCGGCAGCGACCAGGAGCGCAAGGCCAAGGCGGAGAAGCAGAAGAAGCAGCGAGCGCGCUCCGGCUGGUGCUGGGUGGCGCUCGCGAGCAUCGAGGCAUGGCCGGCCGACGAGAUCAACGCGCUGUCGCAGGACGAGGUCGACGGGCUGGUCAGCACGUGGGAUGACGCGGUCCCGACACCACCGCGCGACGGGCAGAUCCCCGACUACGUGAUCAAGUUCAGCGGCAAGGCGUACGCGGUCGUCGAAACCGAGACGGCGGGACCGUUCGGCUUCCUGGGCAAGAUCUUCGGCGCCGGCACCAACACCGCGACCGUGGUGAACGCGCUCAAGACGGGCACGCGCGGCCUCGCGUCGACCAAGGCGCUGCAGGCGGCGAAGAACUCCGCCGUGGUGCAGAAGAUCCUCAAGCACCCGGGCUACGUCGACUGCCUGGCCACCGUGGGCGCCGUGACGGCGGGAAUCACGGCGAGAGACAUGAAGAACGUCAAGUUCGACGGCAAAUGGGGCACCUACGACGUCGACUGGUCCCGGCAGCCCGACCCGUCUAUUAAGGCGCUGCCCCCCGGCACCAACGACAAGCAGAUCAGUCUGUAUAUGGCCGUCGACACGGACAGCAGUCGCGGCACCACGUAUGAAACGUACCACGAUGGGUACGUCCGCGUGCUCCGGCUGUAUUACGAGGCGUGCCAGAACAUGGGUUGGGCCUACAAGAACUCCGUUACACAUCUAAACGUGCAGGGCGGCUGCUGUACCUUUUACGACCUGGACAACUGCCAGAACAAGCUGUUUAGCAUGACCAACCGGCAGGAUGGGCAGCUGCGGGGGCCUUCGAACGAUGCGAUUAGCAGCUUCUGGUGCACGUUUGACGAGAAGUGCGCCGGGGCGCCUUAG